AAGGUUUCUGGAGCAGCGCUUCAAAUGCAAAGAGAGAUAAUGUGGUUCAAGGAAGUGGAGAAACUUUUACCACCUUCACACCACCAGAUGAGAAACAGAGCUGGAAAAACGCCAAGGGAAUUAUUCACCGAAGAGCAUAAGUUAUUACUAAAAGAAGGGGAAAGGUGGAUGAAAGACGCUGCAAAUUCUUGUAUGAUUGUAGCAACUUUGAUUGCCACGAUGGUUUUUGCUGCAGGCUUUACUGUGCCAGGUGGUAAUAACGGCGAUAAUGGUAUUCCAAUAUUGCUAAAAUUCAAUGGAUUUGUGGUCUUUGUCAUAUCAGAUGCAGUGGCUCUAUUCAGCUCAAUCAUUUCCAUAAUUAUGUUCUUGUCAAUUCUGACGUCUCGCUAUGCUGAAGAUGAUUUUCUUGUGUCAUUGCCUGCCAAGUUAUUCUUCGGACUUACGGCGUUGUUUGUCUCAAUAGUUAGCAUGCUCUUGGCGAUUACAGCAACCUUCUUUUUGGUCUACAGUAAUCAUACGGGUUGGGAGCCAAAGCUCAUUGCUGCCUGUGCUGGUAUUCCUGUAGCUUUAUUUGGGUGUUUACAGUAUAAACUAUGGUUUGAUGUGGCAAAAUCAACAUAUUCGUCCAGGUUCUUUCUUAGACCAGGAAAGCACAAACUCUUUUAACAACAGAGCCUUCAUUGCAGAUAAUGGUUGUAUGUAUGCAAAAUCCUACAUCAUCAUAGUUGCCUCGACACUAAAUCAUAAAACACAAAAACUUGCAAUUGAACAGUUCAUUCUGUAUUGUGGAGUAAAGAUUACUGUUAUUGAACAAUGCAACUUCAAGUGUAAAAAUCUUUUAAGUUUUGAGUGAUGUAGAAAAGUUUGAUUUGUA